AUUCAAUCAAAUAAUUAUUAAAGAUUAUUACAGAUACAAAAUAUUAUUAUAAUUAUUAUUGUUAUCUUCAGGCAGGAUAACAUAACACAAGCUUUAUUCAGCUUCAAGAUCCGUAUAAACAUUUAAUGGACAUUUAAAAGGCAAAUAUCUAAUCGAGACAAGAAAGAAGGCAGUUAGCGGAAGUGAAUUCACAGGCACACACAUACAUUGUAUUGUUUUUCUACGCUUUUUUCCCCUCCUCUUCACCGUAUCUCCUCGCAGAAAUUCCCAAAAUUCAAGAUGUAAAUCCUCGCUUGAAGAAAUCUGGACAAUAGAGCAUCUAGUGGAAAUAAUGUAAAUUUAAAAAAAGCUCCGCCUGUUCACACCAUCAAAACUAUCUACACACACAUAUACAUAUGUGUGUCUUUUUUCCUUCCUGAACAAAAUCCCAGCGUACUGAUUGUGUUUUUCUUCUUGUUUGCUUUCCUGUUAAGAGAAGAGGCAAACAGGAGAAAGAAACAGGGAAUAAAAAGAAUGCAACAAAUAAAAAAACGCAGAGAGAAAAAGUUUAUAAACCCAAAAAAAAUAAAACACACGCACACACAUACACACCUAUACACACAGCUAGACAGACAGGUAAUAAUAAUAAAUUAGAUGAAUGUAGAUAUUUUUAAAGUUACCAUUACUAUUAUAAAUGAAAGCGCGUGUGCAAAAACCGAAAAGACGAUUGAUUCUUAUUGAAAUAAAUAUUUCUACACGAGGAUGACUACUUUUCAGGUGUUAUCACAGCAAUAGAAUCUACCUGUUGUCUUGAUCUGUUUAUAGUCUUCGGUCGUUGGAUUAUUGUUAUCAUUAUUAUUAUGAUUAUUAUUAUUGAUAAUACUUUGGAAGAAUGAAAUUUUUGACGGAUUAUUAUUACUACUAUUAUUAUUAUUAUAAUUAUCAAAUGAAUUAGGAUAUUACAUUCAGAUUUCGAAGAAGUAUUUAAAUUUCAAUUGUUUUCAAAAGAGGCGCGAAAAGAAUAUAUAUAGUAUAUACAUACUUCAAAACACUACGUGGAUAUAUGUAAAUGGAAAUAUUAUUAUUAUUAUCAUUAUCAUCAAUAUUUUUAUGAUCACACCAUGGAAACCAUAUUCAUAGCAGAAAAAUUGUUACCUGGAAUUAAUACUCACAUUUAUUUAAUGUGGAAUGUUAGCAAGGCGUUUGGAUAGUUAUAAUAAUAAUAAUAAUAGUAAAAUUACUCUAUAAUGAAUAUGAAAAGUACAAUCUCAGAGUAUGGUAUACAGUCACCAGAAUCAGAGAAGACGACGGAUUCAAAUAAUAUUUCAGAAGCUGAAGACUAUGAAAGGCUGGGAUAUAACUAUGGAUGGGCGCGAAGUAGGAAAUUUUUAAAACAAUUGGUGAAGGAUAAUAUCGACUUAUCGUUAGUAGAAUAUGAAAUCCUACGACAUUCGAAGAAUAAAAGGCCAAAGUCGUGGAGACAGUGUUUUCUAGUGUGCCUUCGAAGUAAUAUCUUACAAAUAUUUAUGUCCAUAUUGGUACUACUUGAUGCAGGAAUUGUUAUCAGUGAAAUAGUUUUAGAAAUACAAUCACUUCAAACCUAUAAAAGUAAUUUUCGUUCCCAACUUGAAGAAUUUCGUCAUAUUGUAUGCACUUUAAUGUAUACUACUACACCAAAUAUUGAACUCCCCUAUCAAUGUUAUUCUGAUGAACGUGGAUUGUAUUUUGAAACAGCAAAUGCAAAAUUGCGUAAUGUCUCAAUGUACAAUAAAACCACUGCCGCUGCUGCUGCUGCUACAAUGGCUUCUACACAGAAUCAAACUUUUUCUAGUGAACAUGUAAAUCGUGUAGAAAUAUUCACAGAAGAAUCAAAUUAUACUAAUCCAAGUCCAAGGAUAGAAGUGACUGAUCAUCAUUCUAAACAUGGCAGUCAACUUGAAAAAGAUGAUGUAUUACUCAUGGAUAUAUGUAGUUUCUUAUCACAUUGGAAUAAAAUAUAUGGAUCAUCUAUAAAGUGUAUUUUAAAUCCUGAAGAAAAGCACCCUACGGAAUUGUUUUCGCAUUCAACCACAUCGAAUCAUUCAGACAUUGCUACAAUAACAAAUGCUCAUUUGGAACAAGAAAAAGAAGAAGAACAUUCAGUAACUUUUAACAGCUAUAAACAACGAAAUCUCCGGUCAAAACGUCCAUCUACAAUUUCCCCUGUAAAUAUUUCCAAUAUUCAUGAAGAUAUAUCUAUAAAUAGCAUAUUACCAUAUUUCAGUGGUGUACACUCUGAAGAAUUUUGUGGUGAUUCACAGAUGAAAACGCAUCAGAUUGGAGCAAGGGCAAUGCAUGAAGCCUCUGAAAUUUUGCAUUAUUUAAGUAUUGCAAUCACAGCCUUAUUCUUUUUAUGCGUAUUAUUAAAACUUGUUUGCCUUGGCAAAGAAUUUUUUCGAGAUACAAAUGAAUAUUUUGAUGGAGCAAUUAUAGUGGCAUCACUUGCUUCCGAUGUAUUAUAUGUCCGUUAUGUAUCUGAAACUGCAGCUGCAAUGGUUGUACUUCUGUUGUGGAGAAUUAUACGAAUAAUAAAUGCUUUAAUGAUGCAUAAAAAGCAACAGUAUGAAUUUCGCAUAGCAAUGCAAAAACGAUCAAGGAGGGUGAUGGGUAGAAAAAUGGAAGUUAUACGCACAGAAAAAGAAAUGCAAGAUAAACAUAUCUUAGCCUUAGAAAACUUGCUCAAAGAAAUGGGGGUUUCAAAUGAUGCAAUACGCAAAUGUAAACCCUUGUAUAAAAAAUGUACAAAAGAACAAACAAACAAUGCUUUGAAAUCAAUUGCAGCUUUAACAACAGGAUUUAUGGGUGGUCUUGUCGGUGCGCCAUCCCAUGUUCAAGGUGUUAUAUCAAGAUAUAGUAAAAGUAAAUUUUCUAGUACACAAAAUUUUACACAGUCUACAUUUUCACAGUCUGAAUCCUUCAGUGUUUUAUCUAAAUAUCAACGUGAAUCAGUGCCAAGAUUAGUACAUAUUCAAGUUCCUGGCAGUAAGUGUUUAAAAGAUCAUCGAAUAUGCAAUAAUUAUGGUACAAAUUAUCCUUUCAGUGAAAGUGAUCAAGUAACACUUGAUAUUAAAAAUUAUCGUACAGCACAAUCAACAUGUGAAGACAGUGUAGCAUUUGAUGAUGAAGACUUAUUAAAAAGGCCAAGGGCUUUAAGCUUAAAUCCACAAGAACAUUGGAGUUCACUUCAGGAUAAACAAUUUCGUUCUUUAUUAUUACAAAGUGAAUCUACAACAAAAUUAACAAAAAGUUCAAAUACUUUAAAAUACACAAAUGAUGAAGAUAUGAUGUGUGAUAAAACAGCAGAGAAGUCAUCACCGUCAAUAUUUCUAAGACAUACAUCAAAUGAGACAUUAAAUGAAACACUAUCAGUGAAUUAUUUUACUAGAAACACAAAAGGUCAUAAUAUUUUUUUAAAAACACUGCCAAAUUUAUUUAAAAAAGCCUUACAUAUAAAUAAACAUAAAACAAAUAUUUUAACAGAAGAAGAAGGUGAAACUAUUGAACAAGAAAGUUAUGAAAAAAGCGAGCGAAAAGAAGAUAAUGAAAAUGAAAGUUAUUCAUUGCAUGAAUUAGAACAAUCCAAUCGGAUAAACACUUCAUAUCCAUCACAUUCACAGACAACAUCAACUGUUCAAGAAGUAAUAGAAAUGGAUGAAACACUUCCAAUGAUUCAGUUAAGUGAAUCAAAUGGAUUUACAAACUCGACAACAGAUAUUAUUUAUAUGAAGGAUAAUAAACUUGGCAGUAAUACUAAUGGUGACUAUUGGAUUCAACCAGAUGUUGUUAUUAAAGGCAUGAAUUCAAAUUUAUCAGCUGAGCGGACACCAAAUAAUCAUAAUGUUAAUAAUAGUGUAAAUAAACAGUUGUCAUCAAAAUCUCCGCAUACAAAAAGCAAUGAAUUAUCCACCAACAGAAAAGAAUCUGAUGAACAGAUAUGGAUACUACAGCCUGGUUAUAUCUGGUGUCAGUCUGAGAACCAGGCGAAGUUGACUGUAAAGAAAGAAAAACAUCUUGCAACAAAGUCUCCACCAAAAGGGAAAUCACCAAUGACGAAAAUUAAACAAGUACUGCUCCGUAGUAAAUCACUACACAACAGCACAAAGACAGGGUCAUCGAAAAGUGCACAUAUUCAAACUUCUAACUAACUCUGCCUUUUUACACUGCACACACACACACACACACCCAGCCCCGUCGCCACGAGCGCCGCCCUCAAACAACCCAACACUCUGCUUCAAUGAAUUCAACAACUCAACAGAAGAAAAUCCACUUCAUCACUUCAUUACACUUUCAUGUUUUCAUUUGUUUUGGUUAUUUUUUCGGGAAUGGGGUUGGACGUUGUGGGGUGGGGUGGGGGGAAUUUCAUUUUUGAGUUUUCUUGUUUCCUUUUGUUAUGAGAAGCAAAAAGAUAUCUGAUACAACUAUUUUUUAGUUUUCACAUUACAGUAUAAUUAUUAGUAUUGUAUGCACAUACACACAGAGAGAUAGUGAGACAGAGAACUGUAGGUGAACGGAAAUGAAAAUACCAACGGAAAAAAAAUCAGUUGUUUUUACAAAUUUCACAGUUUCACAAGAAGAAAAAUGUGUGUAUUUCUGCCCACAAAUACGACUACAGCUAAUAUCAAUAAUAAUAAUAAUAAUAAUAGUAAUAAUAACGAUAGUAGUAACAAUCCUAGCAAUAAUACAAUUACAAAUACUAUUUUUGCAAUCACCUUACAUACAUUUCAAAUAUUCUGCGAAAUGUAAUGUAGUCUUAGUGUAAAUUGUAGGUCUCAUGCGACAUAGCCAUGCUGGCGGCUAAGCAAACUUAACUUCAUAUAAAGUUUGUUUAUUUCGAUUUUUACUGAAGAUGAUAAGGGCCUAUUUUCAGCUGGUAAUUAACUAUGGAGUAAGGAUGUACACAGAUAGUUUUGUGCAUAGUACAUUUGAAAAAAGUUGACCACAUGUGAAGCAAAACAAUCCCCCCCGCUCGACGUCUGUCUGAUUGGCUGUGAAUACCAUAGUUUCUUUUCUCAUUCAUUGUACUUAGGUCGCCUUAUGUAAACAAUUAUCAUGUAAGAAAACAAAGAAAACAAACGACAUAUUUUAGACUAAUCUAAUAUAAAGAAUACUGCUAUUAUUAUUAUUAUUACUACUAUUUUGAAAUUGUGUAGCUUAAAUAUUUAGAUGUGUUGACACAUUGAAUCACGCGGCACAAUUUAUUCAAUUUUCAACAUUAAAUUAUUCAGAGAAUUAUAGAUUACAUUUUUAACUAAACAACUCCAUCACAUUUUUUUUCUCUUGUAAAAAUACAAAACAAUCAAUGAGAAAGUUUAUACAUACAUGCAUAUAUUGUAAAGAGUUCAACAUUCUUCUUAUUCACUUAUCAGUUUGUAAAAUUCAUUUUAUUACCCUGAUUAAAUAUGAUUUCUAAACUGUGUUAUUCGUUUUUCCCGUAAGAGGCAUAAUACAUACUGACCUGAAAAAUUUUUAAAUUCAUUUUAGCUUACUGUAUAUUUAAUAAGUAGCAUAAAUUCUUUACCAG